UUCAUUGUUUUCCAUUAAUCUCCUUCCUUAUCUAUCCUUAUUCCCUGGGAAGAGGAAGGCACAGUGCAAGAGAUAUGCUUUCCUCAAUUAACCUUCCUUUGCUCUGCCCUUCGUUACCGAAACAUGGAUACUGUAGUUCGAGAACUAGGAUAUGUAGUAUUGUGAGGAAAAAAAGAGCAAGAACAAUGGUUUUUGCAAGGAAUGAAGGUAACUCAGAAGUGGGUGUUCAAGUUAGCGAGCAGCUUUAUCUUGGGUUGGACUUUGGGACUUCUGGUGCUAGGUUUGCACUCAUCGACAAGGGAGGGACAAUUCACGCCCAAGGGAAGAGAGAAUAUCCGCUAUAUAAGAGAAAAGAAACAGUGGACUGGGUGCGUUCUUGGAAACAGACACUUUUCUUGCUACUUGAAGAUGUUCCAUUUCAUCUUCGCCAAAUUAUUGCUUCCAUUUCCAUUGAUGGUACUUCUGCAACUACCAUGAUUAUAGACAGCACAACAGGAGAACCAUUAUGGAGACCUUUUCUCUACAAUGAGAGUUGUCCUGAUGCUUUGCCAAUAGUACAGUCUAUUGCUCCUGAAAACCAUACAGUUUGCUCUGGGUCAUCAACUCUAUGCAAGCUUGUCUCAUGGUGGAACACUGUCGAUUCAAAUAAAGAAUCUGCAGCAUUGUUGCAUCAAGCAGAUUGGUUAUUGUGGCUUCUUCAUGGAAAUCUUGGAGUGACUGAUUACAAUAAUGCUUUGAAGGUUGGCUAUGAUCCUGAACUUGACUCUUAUCCACCUUGGCUGCUCUCUCAGUCAUAUUCUCAACUUUUACCUUCUGUUAAAGCUCCUGGAACUCCAAUUGGUAUCCUAAAAGAAGACAUUAGAACACAAUAUGGUUUUGCAAAAGAUUGUGUUGUAUGCACGGGAACCACUGAUAGUAUAGCUGCCUUUCUUGCAGCUCGUGCAACAAAACCAGGGAAAGCUGUCACUUCUUUGGGUUCAACACUUGCUAUAAAACUUCUGAGCACCAGUAGGGUUGAUGAUGCCCGAUAUGGAGUGUAUAGUCAUCGUCUUGAUGAUAAGUGGCUUGUUGGAGGUGCUUCAAAUACUGGUGGAGCUGUUCUUCGACAAAUUUUUACUGAUGAGCAGUUGGAGAACUUGAGCGAACAAAUUAAUCCCAUGAAGACCUCUACACUAGAUUACUACCCUCUCCCAACAGUUGGAGAGAGAUUUCCCAUGGCAGAUCCAAAGAUGGCCCCUAGGUUACACCCUCGACCAGAAAGUGAUGUUGAGUACUUGCAUGGGAUUUUAGAAUCAAUUGCACGUAUUGAGGCAAAGGCUUAUAGCUUAUUGAAGGAUCUAGGAGCAACCCAAGUUGAAGAAGUGUUCACGGCUGGAGGUGGUGCAAAAAAUGAGAAGUGGACAAAGAUUCGAGAGAGGGUACUUGGUUUGCCUGUGAGUCGUGCAAUUCAAACAGAGGCUGCUUAUGGAGCUGCUUUAUUGGCAUUGAAGGGUGCCCAACAAUGUGCCCAGUGAAAGCAGGGUGGAAGGGAUAGACCAGGUAGAUAGCAAUGGAGUGAAGGCAACCGAGGAGAAGCCCAACAUUAAGUGAUGAUUCUUAUUAAGUUGUUUAUUGCUCAUGUAGACAUUGCUUCUGGUGAAUAGCACCGGUUUAUGAUAUCAUGAUGGAUUUAUUUUUUGUUGUGAUCAUAUCUCAUAUUUAUUGAGCAUAAAUUUGCACUA